CUCUAAGUGGCCGGAGCAGCGCGGUUUCAACACAGGGUUCGGGAAACCCGGUGAGGUGCCAACAGAGGUGGCCAAAACCGGACCGCAGGCGCCGCGAGAUCUGGGCCCCACGCUGUGAGACUGCCCGUGACGCUAACACCGCACUGCGCGACAAAGUGCUGAACGUCAUCGUCCUGCGACUCCGACGCAGUAAUAGGACGCCCUCCCGGAAGUGGGCUCUGGAUCGGGCAGUAAAAGUGGUAGCCAGGUCGCAGCUGAGCUGUUUCUCUGCGUUUCCUCUCGAUCCCUCCUGAGCCCUGCAGGUCCGCGUAGAGACGAAACUUCUCCGCUGUCAUGGGGGGCGGAGAUCUGAAUCUGAAGAAGAGCUGGCACCCACAGACCCUCCGCAAUGUGGAGAAGGUGUGGAAGGCCGAGCAGAAGCAUGAGGCUGAGCGGAAGAAGAUCGAGGAGCUGCAGCGGGAGCUGCGGGAGGAGCGGGCCCGGGAGGAGAUGCAGCGCUACGCUGAGGACGUCGGGGCUGUCAAGAAAAAAGAGGAAAAACUGGACUGGAUGUAUCAGGGUCCUGGCGGGAUGGUGAACCGCGAUGAGUACUUGCUGGGGCGCCCCAUUGACAAGUACGUUUUUGAGAAGAUGGAGGAGAAGGAGGCAGGCUGUUCUUCGGAGACUGGACUACUCCCAGGCUCCAUUUUUGCCCCUUCCGGUGCCAAUUCCCUUCUUGACAUGGCCAGCAAAAUCCGGGAGGACCCACUCUUCAUCAUCAGGAAGAAGGAGGAGGAGAAAAAAAGAGAGGUGUUGAAUAAUCCUGUGAAAAUGAAGAAAAUCAAAGAAUUGUUGCAGAUGAGUCUGGAAAAAAAGGAGAAGAAGAAAAAGAAGGAGAAGAAAAAGAAGCACAAGAAACAUAAGCACAGAAGCUCCAGUAGUGAUGGUUGCAGUAGCGAGGAGGAGCGCAGCCGGGGGAGAUCUCAAAAGAAGGUGGCAGAUUCUUCCCCUUUGCUGUCCAGAGCCCCGGGAUAUGGCUUACAGAUCAGGGACUCCUACCAUAGCCAGGGAGCGCAGAGUUCUCCGAUGGCCAAGCAAAAGGGAACGCACGGGUUGAAGAAUUAUUCCAGGUCCAGAAGCUCCUCCCACUCACCUCCCAGACAUGCCAACAAGAAGAGCACCCGAGAAGCAGGGGCCCGGGACAGGAGUUCUCGAUCCCCAGGCAGAAGGUCACGGUCCCCGAGGCCAAGCAAAGCGCACAACUCUAAGGUCAACAGAAGAGAGAGAGGCCGAACUAAGAGCCCAUCACCUAAAAAGGAGGUCUACCAAAGGCGGCACGCCCCUGGAUACACCAGAAAGCUCUCAUCGGAGGAACUAGAGCGAAAACGUCAAGAGAUGAUGGAAAAUGCCAAGUGGCGGGAGGAAGAGAGGCUGACCAUCCUCAAGAGGCACGCCAAGGAUCAUGAACGGGAGCAGAGGCUGGAGAAGCUGGGCUCCAGGGAUGGGAAGUUUAUCCACCGCAUGAAGCUGGAGAGUGCAUCUUCCUCCUCCCUGGAGGAUAGGGUGAAACGGAACAUCUACUCUCUACAGAGAACCUCAAUAGCUCUGGAGAAGAACUUUAUGAAAAGAUAAAAGCUAUCCCCUCUCUUGCUGGCUUUCCUGAAUUUUCCAGGGAGGCUAUUGAUCCCUUAAAAAUUCUCUUUAUAAGAGUUCAAGUGACUUCUUGCACAGUUGUCAAAGCACCACUGUUCAAAGUGACUCUCUUCCGGUGAUUCCUGAAACAGCUUACUUCCUUUGAGAACCAGUGCAACGCACUUUAUGGGACACUCAGUAACUUUUGCUGAGUGCCUUGUAGGUUUUAAUGGGUGGGCACUGGACACUCUAGGUGUGAGCACUCACCCUGCUCUGGAAGGCUGUUUCCUGUGGUCAUGAUACUUCUUAUGCCACUUUAUUCCCCGCUGUGAGAACUGUGUGCCUCAGUGUAGACCAGACCUUGCAGAAACCUCUCUCCGGAGUUGCCCAGAUAGACUGUGCUUGGUGGGAUAAAUGAACAUCUUUCUUGAUUUAGAAGAUCAUGUGACAGAAUGCUGUCAGCUUAGGGCAGAGCCAAGGAGAGACAAAGAAUCUGGAAGGGGACACAAUCCAAAAAAGCACUAAAUGAGCUGUUGAACUAUUUGGACUGUCUUUUGAACUGUAAAAAGUAUAGUGUGUAUGUGUACAAAUGUAUAAUUUUUACAUGCUUUUUAAAAAAGUUAGCUUUGUGAGAACAUCUUGUUUGGUAAGUGACUUUACUAUAUAAUGGAACCAUAUUGUAUCUUGUUACCGAGUAAUACAGUAAUGCAGGUCAGCUUUUUUUCCCCUCUGAAUCCAGCUAGUUUAGGAGGAGCCUGGGUUUGUAGAUAGGAUCCAGGGGAUCUAUCCUGUUACACUGCUUACAGGCUCCCAUGUGGGCAGUGCAGCCGUGAAGUCAAAUGAUUUUAGGAGUUAGGACCAAAUUACCAGUGUGCUCCCACCCUGGCUCUUAAAAUAAAAUGGAAGCUGUUUUAUUUCAUGGCUUCCUUUUAAUCAUGUAGUAAUCUUAUUACAAUUCUAUAUUUCCAGGAGUUUGCUACUAUUUUUUAGUCAGGUAUUAAAAACCCCCAAAACUCAUGGAACCAGUCUCCUGCCUUUACUCCUUUCCCUUUUCUAUUCUUUUACCAGAAGCCCUCAUUUGACCCAUGAACUCCUCAGGCCCUCUUGACCCACAUAUUAGCGGGGCUAGUUCCUUGUUCUGCUAAUUCCUAAUUCUGCUUAAAACGAAUUUGGGUUUAUAUAUAUGUGCACUUAGAUGCUAGGCACUGUAAUACUUAAAACCCAGUCUCUCCCCAGAGAGAAAGUAACACUCACUUGUUAUUCAUUUAAUCACCUCAUCCUGCUUCUCUAUGCUAAUUAUGUCUUUUAUUUUAUUACUUGGUAAUAAAGGCUACAUUUAUUUUUGUAACUGUUUAAAGAACAACCACGUGCUGAGUACUGAAUUUACGAAUUCCCAUACAGAACAAUACUGACCCGCAAUUUGUGU